AUGCCUCCCGCACCCCCUGUGCAGCUGGAGGCGAUCGAAAGCGCGGAGACGGCAGGGGCGUCUGCCACGCAGCUGAUGCUGGAGACAGACCCGGCAGCCAGGGGCCCGAGGGCGCAGUACGAAGUGCACUACGCGGAGCUGGCGCUCAUACAGCUGCAGGGAGCCCUCGACAUGCAUGCGCACCUGCGGCAGAGCCUGGGAGUGGAGGAGGCAGACAGGCUGCUGAAGCAGGAGAAGCUGGCGCUGGCCGCAGCAGAGUGCCAACUGUUGCGCGACCGCACCCAGCAGACCAUUGCCAGCGUGCAGCAGCGGCAGGAGGACAACAUUGUGGCCUGUGAGGAUUGA